CCACAGUAGUCGAUUCCCCACGUGGCUGUGACUUUAUCCAUCGAGCGAUCGACGGGGAAGGAAAUACCUAUAAUAAUCUUUGCAUUUGAUACUGCACCUCAUCACAUCAUUGAGAUGUCUCAAAGCUCAAAGGAAAGUGCAGGAAAGGAAUUUAUAUUCCUGUUCGUGAAUACCUUUGCAUUUGACACAACUGCCGCGUGGAAGCAACUCAAAGUUCCGAAUUAAACAGCUCUAACACAACAGAACCUGAGAACAAAUGUACAACGCUAAGGAGAUUUGCGAAGCAUGAGCAUGAACAUCUUUUAUCUGGAAUAUUAUGGAUAAAUACAUUAAGGUGAACAAAAUUGGAGAAGGAUCAUUUGGAAUAGCCAUUCUUGUCAAAGCAAAGGAAGGUGGCAAGCAAUAUGUUAUUAAAGAGAUCAAUAUCUUACGGAUGUCCAAUAAAGAAAGGGAGGAAUCGAGACGAGAAGUUGCUGUGUUGGCAAACAUGAAACAUCCAAACAUUGUACAAUAUAGAGAAUCUUUUGAAGAAAGUGGCUGCCUUUAUAUAGUUAUGGAUUAUUGUGAAGGUGGUGAUCUUUUCAAACGGAUUAAUACACAGAAAGGAGUUUUAUUCUCUGAGGAUCAGAUCAUGGAUUGGUUUGUGCAAAUCUGCAUGGCCUUGAAACAUGUGCAUGAUAGAAAGAUUCUCCACAGAGAUAUAAAGUCACAGAACAUCUUCCUGACCAAAGACGGCACAGUUCAGCUGGGUGAUUUUGGAAUUGCGAGAGUACUUAACAGUACUGUAGAGCUGGCCCGGACUUGCAUUGGCACACCAUACUAUCUUUCUCCAGAAAUAUGUGAAAAUAAACCUUACAACAACAAAAGUGAUAUUUGGGCCUUGGGCUGUGUCCUCUAUGAGAUGUGCACUCUUAAACAUGCAUUUGAAGCUGGCAACAUGAAAAACUUGGUGCUGAAAAUCAUCCGUGGCUCAUAUCCACCUGUAUCUCUUCAUUAUUCAUAUGAUCUGCGGAGUCUCAUAUCAUGGCUCUUUAAAAGGAAUCCGAGGGAUAGACCAUCAGUAAACUCUCUCCUGCAAAAACCAUUUCUAUCCAAAAGAGUUGAAAGGUUGCUUUCACAUGAUCUUAUUGUUGAAGAAUUUGGUCAUACAGUUCAUCACGCUCGAAAGCCAGUUGUUUCCAAUGCAGCAGUGAAAAGGCCAGGUCCAGUAUCUGGCUCCGUAGGACCUGCACAGAAAAUCACCAAACCAGCCGCCAAAUAUCGGGUGCCAUUGACUGUAAAGUCCUCUGAGGCAGCUAAGAAGUCGUCUGAUAAAAAACCACUAAGUAAAUACAAACAGGCUCAUCCUACUCCUGUGAAGAAAACGAAUGCAGUGGAAGAAAGGAGGAAAAUGUUUGAGGAAGCAUCGAAAAAGAAAAAACAGGAGUUAAUUGAACGGGAAAGAAAGCAAAGAGAGCAGAUGAAUUUGCUGAAAGCUGAACAGUUGAGGCGGAUGGAGAAAGAGAGACUGGAAAGAAUCAACCGAGCCAGAGAACAAGGAUGGAGACAUGUACUUGGUGUGGGUGCUUCUUGGGGCAGUGGAGAGCAUAAGGUUUCAAUCUUCGGGGGUGGAGGUGGAGGUGGCCCAGCACCUAACCGACUGUCACAUUAUGAACAUUACCACGCUAUGUUGGACCACAUGCAGCAGCAGAAAGAAAACAUCCGAGGCUUUGAGGAGAAGGAUUUCAAGUGGAAGCCGGAACCGCAGCACAGGGAGCCGAUCUUCAAAGUCCCAGCAGCCGUCGGGCCCGUAUUUCCCAAUGGGCCAGUCGCCCUUAACCAGCUCCCUGAUGCUGAUGCAGUCAAAAAGGAAGUGAAGAGACUUGAGAACGUAGUCAGACAAGCAAGCGCAUACAGGCAACGAGGAUUUGUGGCUGCAGAAAGGGCAAAGCAAGUGGAAGAAUUCUGGCAGCGAAAGCGGGAAGCUCUGCAGAAUAAAGCUCGUGGUGAAGGACACUUGGGCGUCCUGCAAAACCUGGCAGCUAUCUAUGGAGGCAGGCCUAUUUCAACAGGAAGAGGAAAAUCCAGAACCAAGGAGGAAGAGGAGUAUUUAGCCAGACUACGCCAAAUAAGGCUGCAAAACUUCAAUGAAAGACAAGAGAUUAAAGCUAAACUUCGAGGAGAAAAGUGUGACAGUGAUGGUUCAGAUGGAACGGAAUCCAGUGAUGAGGCUGACUUGAGGCGCAAGAAGAUUGAAGCGCUUAAGGCUCAAGCAAAUGCACGAGCUGCAGUGCUGAAAGAACAGCUUGAGAAAAAGAGAAGAGAGGCCUAUGAAAGAGAGAAGAGAGCGUUUGAAGAACAUCUUGCAGCAAAAGGAUUUAAGCAUCCGUCUGUAGCUGGUUCUAUGGCAGGAACGCCUUCUUCAUCUCCUUCACAUGGGCGACUGGCAUCUGCCCCAUCUUCCAAACCACAGUCACCAGCGAAAUCCAGUACGCCUGCUAUUUCAAUGACUGCUGCUCUAAAGGAUGUUGGCAUUGAGGGAGAAUCUACAUUGUUCAAAGAAAGUUCAGAGGAUAUAAAAAAGCCAGACCCUUCUGUUAUCCAGAGGGAGAAACAGGAGAUUUUGCGCAGGUUAAAUCAGAAUUUCAAAGCUCAGGAAAACCAUGAUUUGGAGAGAAGGCUGUUCGGAGUAAGUCCGGAAACUCCAAAAGACAUUCCUCCACAAGUGGAAGAACAGAAGGUGGAGGACGGGGCUCAGUCUGCAAGUGAAAGAAAGAGGUGGGAGGCAGAGCCACCUCCCGUCAUUCCUCUUGCUCAGCUUACACUUGAAGAAACCUGCACAGGGAUAAAGGUUCAAACUGAAGGGGAAGUCAUCAAACUGUUUAGUAAAGACGAACCUCGAAAGGUGUGGGAGAAAGAUCCUUCUGAUACUAUUUUGAAAGUAUUGGGAGAAGCGGAUCUGCAACUACAGACUGGAACAUUGUCAGGAGCAACAGCUAAUCAAAAUGACGCUGAAGGCUGCUUGAAUCAAACUGACCAGAUACUUACUGUAGUGGUUGAUACUGCAAACAACAAAGCCACAGUGGUCAUUGACCAGUCAAUGAAAGAAGAAAUGACAAAAAAGAAUAUUGUUUCAGGUGAUUUCAAAAGUGAUGAUUUGCACCCAACUGAAGAACCUACUUCAAUCUCAAAAACAGCAGUGUUUGAUGGCAAGAUAGAAGAACCGGAUGACUUAGAAGCUGAGAUGUUAGAAGAAGGAAAAAUAAUCAAUCGAGAUGAAGUCCCUGUAGCUCCAAUCAGUACUGAUGCUUGGGAAAAAGAGACUCCGUCAGCAAGACCAGUAGAUGGUGCUGUCCCUCAGCACAAGAAGACUGAAGAUGAGCCCAAGACCACAGAGAAGGGUGCUGAUCAAACUGAAAGCAAAGCUGAUACAGAAUCUCGCACUGAUGAAGCUCUACAAAGUCGACCUUUUUUCGAAAAGAUGCCCCGAGCAGCAGUGUUGUCAAGAGAGUCCUCUCAGGAAGAGUCACCAGUGUUCAAACUAAUGUUCUUUUCCACAUCACCAGCGAAAUCCAAAGGCAAAAGUUCUCUACUGAUCGGGUUGUCAACUGGAUUGUUUGAUGCAAACAACCCAAAGAUGCUGAGAACCUGUUCACUUCCUGAUCUCAGUAAACUGUUCAAGACAUUUGAAGACAAUAAUACAACAGAUGUGCCAGAGGAUAACCUUGAAUUGGACGAUUUGGAAGAUGAGCCAAACAAGGAAGAUGACCACUCUGAGUUAGACACUAUGUUUGGAGAGACCGAUGCAGAUGACUUGCAGGAACUGCAGGCAUCUAUGGAGCGGUUGUUGCAGGAACAACCCAGUGAGGAAUACAGUGAAGAAGAAGAAGAGGAAGAAGAAGAGGUGGCUUCCAACCCAUCGCCUCCUCAGGAAUCUGCUGACAAUGCUGACAAUGCUGAAUUCUCUGUCAAUGGAGCAGAGGGAGAAGAGGAUGAAAACCCAGCAAGCAGUAGUGAUCAAAGUGCAAUUCAUGAAGAGUGGCAAUCAGAAACAUUGCUGCAGACAGAAGAUCGACAGGAGGUGGAGCUAAGAGAGUGUAGAAUGUUUCGAACAGGUAGAACUGAUGACAGUGAGGAAGAUGUCGUUGGUGAAGAUGUCGUUGGUGACAGUGUCUUCAGCAGAUUGGAAGAACUGCGGAUGACACUUGAACAAGAAAUGGGCUUCGAAAGCUUCAUUGAAGCAUACAACAAAAUUAAGGCAAUACAUGAAGAUGAAGAUGAAAACAUUGACAUUGGUUCUACAAUAGUGUAUGGCAUUCUGGGCCCUCAGUUUGAACACUUGUAUCCUAAGAUUCUCCAUCUCGUCAUGGCAGAUGGAGUGUAUCAAGAAGACAAUGAUGAGUAAAUCCAUUUCUGCUGACGCUCAGGACAUACCUCCAUGGAGUUUUUUUUUUUUGCAUUUGAAUGUGUACCAUAUGUGAGAUGAAAUCCUGGAGAAACUCUGACUGCUAUUAUAUAUACACCAGCAAGUCCACCCUUUAUAACGCUUUGUGAGGCUGAAGUUGCAUUACAACAUAUAUGGACUGCAUGGUGUGUGCUGUAUGCUUUAAUUUUGUCCUUUGUUUGCUGGACUAUGUUCUGUUCAACUAUUUGUAAAGUUUCUACAACAUAGUUAUGGGUAUACUGUAGCUGCAGAAGAAAAGUAUGCAUAUUUAAGAGAAUGAUAUGACCAAAGUACGUCAAAGAGUUAGAAUUGCAGUUUUAAAAUGGAGAGGGUUAUCCACUAUAUCAUGGUGUCUAGUAUAUUUCUAACGGAGGAAAUUUGCAUUUACAUUCUAUGCGGGGGUGACCUGUUGUACAGGUAUCCUUUCCACCGAUCCCACGUUUCGGGAAAACACUAACCUUAAAGUAUUAAGAUUGAAGAUGUAACAUAGAUACAAUUUCUUGUACAGUACUUGCAAGUACAAAAUUCAUACAAAUGUGUUAUCUUUCUAAUGAUUAGAAAUAAAAAUUCCUUUAUACUUGAAA